CUGGCCGAGCAGGCCGAGAGGUACGAGGAGAUGGUCGAGUUCAUGGAGAAGGUCUCCGCGUUGCUGCCGGACAAGGAGGAGCUCACGGUAGAGGAGCGCAACCUGCUGUCCGUCGCCUACAAGAACGUCAUCGGCGCCCGCCGGGCCUCGUGGCGGAUCAUCUCCUCCAUCGAGCAGAAGGAGGAGUCGAGGGGGAACGACGACCACGUCACCACAAUCAAGGGUUACAGAUCCAAGAUCGAGUCGGAGCUCUCCAACAUCUGUGACGGCAUCCUGAAGCUGCUUGACGACAGGCUCAUCCCCUCCGCCACCGCCGGAGAUUCCAAGGUGUUCUAUCUCAAGAUGAAGGGCGACUAUCACAGGUACCUGGCGGAGUUCAAGACUGGUGCCGAGAGGAAGGAAGCUGCUGAGAGCACUCUCACUGCCUACAAGGCUGCUCAGGACAUUGCUAAUGUGGAUCUAGCCCCGACUCACCCAAUUCGUCUUGGACUGGCCUUGAAUUUCUCAGUAUUCUACUAUGAAAUUUUGAACUCACCUGACCGUGCUUGCAAUCUUGCAAAACAGGCUUUUGAUGAAGCAAUUGCAGAGUUGGAUACCUUGGGUGAGGAGUCCUACAAAGACAGCACCUUGAUUAUGCAACUUCUCCGUGACAAUCUUACCCUAUGGACCUCUGACCUGCAGGAUGAAGGAGCCGAUGAUAUCAAAGAGGCUCCCAAAACUGAAGAAGGGCAACACUGAAGUUAAAUCUUUAUCUCCAUUGGCGGAUUUUUUUGGGAGAAAAUUGCUUUAAAUUCUAUUUCUGUCUGCAUUUUGUUCUAGGAUUGUGCAUUGUGGUUACUGAAUUGUGUUUCAUAUUGAUUCCUAUUUCUGCAAAUCAUUAAUUUAAAGUACGCCUCAUUCUUUAUUUUUCGAAAAGAUGUUACCGCCGUUUGUUGGAGUAGGCAAUAUUAUUUACUUACCUUCUCUAGAUGAACUUCAUCUCAAAUAUGAUUGUUGACGUCCGUUCACGUUAUUUUGACUACCGAAGUGAUUGUGGUGCUAUUU